CAUCCACACUACGACUAACACUAACACCAAUUACUUUCGUUGCCUAUAAGAUAUUUCCGUCCCUUCCCUUCCCUUCCUUCAAAAAUCAAAACUAAUUAUUCAAACAUAUAUUAAAUCGCUCCCAAUUUUUCAAAUUCCCUAAAGAAAUGGCGAGACGCAACGACAAUGAAGAAGCCUUUAUUGCCUUGGGAAACGAAUGCUCUGAUCCUCAACCAUCCUUGUUCCGCGACCGAUUUGAUGAAGUUUACCCACCCGGGUUCUCACGAAAGCUUGUGGCGGAGGUGAUUGCUACGUAUUUGCUUGUGUUUGUGUCGUGUGGUGUGGCGGCAUUGAGUGGGAGUGAUGAACAGGAAGUGUCGAAGCUUGGAGCUUCAAUUACCUGUGGAUUGAUUGUCACGGUGAUGAUUUACGCCGUCGGACAUAUCUCCGGCGCUCAUAUGAAUCCAGCGGUUACUAUUGCUUUUGCUGCUGUUCGGCGAUUUCCAUGGAAACAGGUUCCACUUUACGCAGCAGCUCAACUAAGUGGAGCUACAUCGGCAGCCUUUACACUACGCAUAUUAUUGGAUCCAAUUCAAGAUUUAGGUACAACUUCACCACAUGGACCGGCUUUGAAGGCACUUGUUAUGGAGAUUGUUGUCUCAUUUUGUAUGAUGUUUGUCACUUCGGCGGUUGCCACUGACACGAAAGCUAUAGGAGAGCUCGGAGGCAUAGCUGUGGGGUCGGCUGUAUGUAUCUCCUCCAUCUUUGCUGGGCCAAUAUCGGGUGGAUCAAUGAACCCAGCAAGAUCAAUAGGACCAGCCAUUGCAAGUUCACGUUACGAAGGAAUUUGGGUGUACAUGAUCGGUCCAAUUACAGGAACUUUGCUUGCGGCAUUUUCAUAUAAUUUCAUACGAGCCACUGAAAAACACACCCAUUCACUCUCGUCACAUUGACAUCCAAUCAAUCGGAUCGUGCUGGAACUUCAAGUCAUACCAAAAUCAAUGAGUUCAAUUGUUGUAUAAAUUAAUGUGUACUCCUAUAAUAAAAGUUGUAGUUUAAGUUGUAUUUUAAUUUUAGAAAAAUUAAGGUAAGGUUAGUUUAAAUUGUCUUGCAAUUUAUUUGUUUUUUUAGUUUUGAGAGAAGAAUGAAUCUGAAAUAGGGAAUCAUUUUUAUUAUUGUUGUUAUUUUACAAGUGUGAGUUUUGAUCUGAUUUUUUUUUUUUUUUUUUUUUACAAUAAUCAACCAUAAAAUUGGUUCUUCUUUUCA